UUAAGGGGGAGCUUCACCUCAAAAUUUAGUCGAUUAGGAUGAAAAUGUCAAAAUAUCUAAAACAUCAUGAUAGGAUACCUAAACAUGUAUUUUAUCAACUAGUGAAGUCUUUAUUUAAAUUUCCAUACUUUUUACGGAAAAAAAUAGACUUUAGAGAAAGGAUGUGAGAUUUCAUUGAAUGUUUACACCAGGUUACCAUGGAAACGAGCUUCAAAAAUCCUCUAAAAAAGUCGUUUUACUGUGCGAUUUCAAUGUAAAAAAUUUAUACAGGGCUACCUAUGCCAAUGGUGUGUAUUAUGGAUAUGUGAGGCACAUAGGGACAUGCUACAAUUGCAUAAUUUUGUUAUUUACAUAAUUUUACUCAUUUACAUGAGCUUUGAGAAUAUAUUCCGCUAAAUUUUCUAUUUUGUCGCUAUAUUUUGUUGCAUUUUUGGUUUGUAAUAAUGCCAAAAGGUUCCAAAGAAGGAACAAACUUUCGUGUGACAAACAAAUCAAAGAAAAAGCCCGUUUCAAAGGGAAACGAUUCUCUGAUUUUUGCGAAGAUGGCGAUGUUUUGAAGGAAAGUUCAUGGCUCUCAAAUCUAACACCCGAUCUGGAUCAGAAGAGUAAAAUGAAGACUAAUAUGACGACGAUUUAUUGAAUAAAACUGAUGAGAAGUCACAUCGGCAAAGAAACUGGAGAAAGCUAAUUUAAAAUCACCUCAAAUUUACUCCUGAAAUUGAAGGGAUAUUAUAAACUGCAAGGCAAACUUCACAGGGACAAGAAGGAUAUCGGAUUGUUUGUAUUGAAAACAUUAGGAAAACAGUUGAGAACAUGCAUAAGUGCAAAAAUGAAAACAUUAUAACUUCUGAAGAUGCUGCAAAACGUGCUGGACUGAGCAGUACUUAGUUUAUUAUUAUUUUGAGUGCAGAGGAUUGACAUGGAUACAUAGAAGCCAGUUGAGGGAAAGGCAUGUUCUUUUGAUGUAGAACUAAUUUUCCUAUGGGUGAGCUGGGCUUAGGUUGGGAAAUUCUUUCAACUAUUUGUGACAUUUUGAACAUUGGCCCUCCAGUUUAUAGUGAUAGUGCUUACCAAAAACACAAUCAAUCGGUGAAUCUAGCAACAAGAAAAGUCUUGGAAGAAAUAUUGAACAUUGGCGCGGCUGGUCGACUUGAUGUAAUGAAAGAGCUGAAAAUGUAUGCUGGUUUUUAUACAAAAACUGGAAGUGGGAGAAAGAAUGACAAGAGAGUAAAACAAGCAAAUACAAGGACCCAGAUGAAGUUCAAGGAAGCAAGACAGAAGAUUCAACAGGCAAAAUUGGCUGAAGAGGCAAGAUCGAAGGCACGGAAAUGAGUAACAUAUGAGAGCGCGGCAUUUAACGAGGAUUGUUUGAGUGGUUCAACUAAGAGAAAGGGGACGACAAUGAAAAGUAGUGGUAAAAAGGGCAAAAGCAAGCUGCCAAGAAAAGAAUAGAGCCUCAAACACUCUUAUAACACUCAAACAACAAGUUCCAACGGAAAUUAAACUUUAACUGUCUAUUUCUCAAAAUGUGAUAUUUGGCCGCACGUCAACUGCCCCCCUAGCUUUUCUUGUUACUGUUUUAAUGAAAAUUUCCCAUUUUUGGCACAGAUGUAGUUUAAGGUAUGUAGAAUGCAACUAUGAGCCAUUUUUUUUAUAUUUAUUUUCUAACAGGAUUUAUAGUGAAAAGUGUAUAUGCGAUCUGUUUUAUCCGUUACCAUAGCAACCAUGGUGAAUUACAAAAAAAUGGCUCAUAGGAGCAUAGUUCAAUAUCUUAGCUACCACAAGGUGCAUUUUCACUUAGAUACAUCACAUAUUAUGUGAAAUUUUAUGGGGGGGCAAAAGUGGCCUGUAAAAUCCAGUUUUCCAUAUACUACUCGCUUCUUUGGUGUCAAAUUUCAGUCCGAUACACCGAACCGGAAAACUUUUUGUCUCAGCUGAUAGCUGAAGAUCUCUAGUUUCUAACAAUAUAUAGUUUAUGCAUAUUUUGCUUAAAAAUAUGCCUCCUAACAAUUGUUAAAGUUUUGUCCAUUUUGAAGUACGAUUGGGGUGAAGCUCCCCCUUAA